AGGUUUACUCGGUUUGCUGGGUUGUGCAGAAAGGUGAUACACUUGGCUUUGUAUUGAUUAGUUCAAAAUUGUGCAGUGUUUUAAAUUUUCUGUAAAGAUUGUUCGAAAAAUUUGCUCACAAAAAGUUUUAUCUGCUUGCGCAUUCUGAAGAACACCAGAGCAUGAGAAUGAAGAUGCCCGACCAAAACGUUGGCAGCAGCAGCUCUAACAGCGGCUUCUCCACUAACGGCAACUAUAGCGACGGCUAUGACUCCGAUCCGGAGGGUUACAUAACACCUCCCAAUGAUGAUAGCUCGUUUGGGGGUCCCAACUACGAUGAGGACUUCUCCGAGUAUCUGUGGAUGGAGAACGAAGAAGAAUUUGACAAGCAGGAAAUGCAACGACUGGAGGAGGAAGCCCUCAUGGAGCAGUGCAUCGAGGCAAUGCUGCAGGACGAGCUGCAGGAAGCGCUGGAGUGCGAAGAACAGGAAGCCAAUGCUGCCCUAAACGACCUCACGAAUUCGAAGGAAAGCUCGAAGGACUUGUGCAUCGCCCUGUCCGCGCUGCAGGUCAACAAAGACCGGAAAGUAAACGUAGAAACAUCGACUUUGAAUCCUCUAGCAGCGGAAUUCGUGCCGUCGAUUGUAUCACUGUCGAACCCUUAGGCGAGACCACAGAUCUCUCUAUUCGUUUUAUCUUCCUUCACGAAGUAUACACAGAUAUACCGAUACAGACCAGGACACACCGACACGAAUCACACAAACUCAAACACACAUACAACCAUACUCAAACAAACAAACACACACACACAUACACUCCAGAGGUAGGCCAAACGUGAAAAAAUACUCAAGUUAAAAACAAGAUUGGAGCCAGGAAGGAAGAAAGAAGACAAAACAAAAUCGAAAACGAAACAACAAACCAUAAAAUCGGGGAAAAUGCACCCACCAAUUGUUACAAUUGCGUUUACUUUUCUAUGAAAAGUAACGUUGAGUAUUGUGGCGAGGACUAAACGGAACACCGAACGGAUAAGAGAAACGAUCGCGCCUAAGCAAGCACUGCAAACCUAGUUGGUUUAGCGUACAAAAGCAUUAAAUUUUUUCGUUCUCGAAUUCUGUAACUGAAUUGAGAACGCAGCAAUGCAACAAAAAAAAGAAGAAAAAUGCAAUUGUUAAUAUUUCCGCAUAGCACACACACUGUAUUGUAUUGGCAAAGGAAUUAAACUAACUCUUUGACAUAAGUAGGUUUCUAGUAUUUGAACUGUGACUAAACCGCGAAAAAUGUCCGAUAUAUUUACAAAGGAAAAACAUUAAAUUUGUUGUGAAUAUUUGUUCGUAGAUUUGCAAAAAUGGCAUGUUUUGUCCAUCUAGUUACGAUACUGCAGGUCUUGCGUUUGAGUUACAUGGAAAUAUUUCUUGUAUGUUUUCCGUUAGAGUAGUUUAUAAUGCUUUUGUCCAAUUGAUACAAAAAAAAAAAUAAAAUAAAAUAUGGCUGCCUAUCGAUUAUGAACGAUUAAAGUAGAUUUUUGAAGACUAAAAUUGUAGCAUUGACAAACGAAGCGUACAAUUUUUUGGCCCAUGUUUGAAUGGUUUUACCGGUAAAUUGCCGAAACAUUGCUGUGGAUUAUUGCAUACUAUUAUAGUUCCUUAGUUCUACUUGAGAAGUCGUUGAUUCGUCAGAAACGACGAAUCAACACUCGAUUAUUAAUAAGUGCAGUAUGUUUUGUGACUUCAGAGAGUCAAAAAAAAAAAAAAAAGAAUCAAGAUAUCAAAAAUGUACAAAAAAAAAGACAUAACGAAAAAAUAAAUGCUGUUAUUACUAGUUUGUGACAGAGGUGGUCGGGUCCAGCGUUUUCAAGGUGGGUUUGAUAAAAAAAAUAAGUAUUCUGAUUCAGGUUUGAAAAAAUCUAAAACCCGACCAUCUCUAGUUUGUGACCAAUCAUGAUUUAGUGACAACAAAAUUGUUAGAUAAAAUAGACGUAUAAUAUAGUCUUCAUAUUUUCGGUAUGACUCAAUCAUAUAUGAUCUAUGUUUAAUGUGUUUGGUACGGCAAUUUCUACUUUUAAAACAAGCUAAGUAGUAGGUAUCGAAUGCUGAAAUAUUGGUUUUAUUUUCGGUUUCAAACUACCACUAGACAAUGUCGGUUUAUUCAGUUUUUUUUUGUCGCAACGAGUAAAAAAAAUAUUCCUUAGUUUUGCUGUUAAACUGUCGUUGUGGUAUGGCCACUAUGUAGAAGAAAAUUCUAAAACAAGAAAAUAAUAAAAUCCAACGUAGAUAAUACGGCAGAAUUAUACUAAAUUGACGCCAAGUCUGAAACAACGUACGUGUAUGGGGAGGAUUCCAAAUCCUUCCAGGCAAUAUUGUAGUUUUUCAACCUGUGAUACGUUGCUUCUGUAAUCGAUUUCAAAAGGGAAAAGUAUUCCUAUCUCUCUACCUUUCCAUUGUAUUUUUACCGAAUUGGUCAUAUUUUUAAACAACAAUUAGAAGCGUGAGUGCUAGCGUGGAUAUCGACGAAAGUUGGAGUCAAGUUGUAAAAUCAUGUCCCUGCAUUUAAAACGAAGGAGAAAAUCAUUCAGUUUUAGUCCUUCCCGUUUUAUAGUGAUUUUUUUUUUAUUUAUUUAAUAAUUAGGAUAGCAGCGCAAAAAUACGUUUUACGUGUCAGAAAAAUAAGUUCAAACAACAAU